CGGGGCGCACAGCGGGGGGUGUCCCCAACAAGGGUCUGGCGACACAGAGUGUCGGGCAUGCGCUGGCGCUUCGACGACGUGGAAAGAUGGAUGCAUCAGGCAAGCCAGGUUUGUCACUAUGUUGACAAGACGCUGGAUGCUUGAAACUUCAACUCGCCUUGCGCCGCAGGCGGCGUCGCGACGGUCGUGCACGCAGUAAAUGCACAAGAGAACGUACAGGAGGCCGCGUCCAGGAAAGGACGACGUGCGACCCACGUCGAGUUGAAGUUGAUGUGGAUGCGAACGGUGCACGGUUGUAGCUGCGGACGCUAUGUCCAAGUCGGCAUCCGUAUCACUUGUACGAUAGUCGACCACAACGCAUCUUGCUUAGAACGAGUCCCAUCUUGUCGUGUUCAAGGGUGGCAACUUGUUUUCCAUUAUGGAGCGUCGCGCGCGCCGCCCGAGUCGAUUCGGCAUGAAUCGUCCAUUUCAUUGUUGGAGGCAAUGCGUUCAACUACUUGUCCUGGUGCACCCAACGUGGGUGGUGGCCACAUUUGCGCCACCCGGGUACAAGUGUUUGCAAAACACCGGUCGUUCAAAGCGCCAGAGACAGCCUCGUGGCUGCGUCGCCACUGCAGCUCCAAUUCAAAUUCGUGCCGCGCGGACAAUGCCCCCGCCAGGCCACCGUAGCAACGACCAGCCCGUUCCUUGGCCCUGCGCACGCGAACCUACAACGAUGGCCAGUGGAGCGACGAGCCCCAAUCCCACUCCGUUGCUGCGAAAGGUUGGCGGUGUGCACGUUAUGUCAAAGUUGAACUUGGCUGAUGCUGGUGCCGAUGGACGUAACUUUCAUGGAAAGGGCAAGUGUAUGCAGUUUGACAGGUUUGACCGGUGAAACUGAUAGCUCGCCCGAUGUAACAUUUGAUUUGGGAGGUUUGCAUCGCUGAC